AUGUCAGAUCGGGUGGAAAGUAUAGGCGUCUAUGUGGACGAUCGUGUCCGGACCGAACGAUGGGUGCGACGAUUGUCCAUCGAUACGUCGACCGUCUCAUCCAUGGGGUCACUAGCUGCUCCUGAAGAGUCGGACACCCUUCAGGCUGACGUGAAUCAGUUGUUAGACGUGUGCAAAAGGAUCUACCUGUGCCAAACGGGUUCCUCGUUUGCGAAUAAGCUCGCCGAGCUCAGCGACCAUUCCGGCAGUGAUUGCACCCCGAUCUUUGCGUUCUGUGGAAUCGAUUUCGGGCAGGAUGAGUCCAACGUUGCCCGACGGAAGGCCAGUCGCGCAUCAUGGGCAGAUAACGCACCUCCGUCGCCUGGUUCGAUCCAGCGGACCUUUACCUUUUCCUCCCAUCUGGAUGAUGCCCCGGGCCUAUCGCUUCUGAGUGGGGUAUCCACAGACCUACAAGUUCAGGAUGGCGUCAACCUCGUCGUUCCUAUUGCCCUGUUGCGUUCGGCUGGCACGGAUGCGCCGGGUGACGCUGAUUGCCCGCUGUCUCGCGGGCGCGGCGUGGACGUUUUGCUUACUCCACUCGAUCCAGCUCGCCUCCAGGGCCUAGUCGUUCACGCCUAUCGCACCCGUCGAAACGCUCAGAAAGAGAUGUCUCGCUUCCUUGCGCGGAAGAAGCUACGCAAGUUGUCUUGGGUGGGGGUGCAUGAAGAGGAGCCUUAUGCGUAUCUACGAGAGGCGAUGGUGUCCAAGCUCAUGAAUGGCAUUUGCAAUCCCGAGGAGAUCAUUGACGAAUUCCAGGACCGGGAUCUGAACGUGCGUCCAGAUCGCAAAGCCUUGAUCACAGAGCAAGUUGGAAAGUGGAACUUUUGUGCCCAUGACUUUUCAGAAGAUGAGUUGGUGGUCGGCGCGUGCGCGAUGAUCUCCCAUGCUUUCAGCCUCCCCGGCCUGGAACAUUGGCGGUUGACGCCCGAGGAGCUGCAAACGUUCUUGCUUGCCUGCCGAGCUGCGUACAAUUCGUUCGUCCUCUAUCACAACUUCCGCCAUGCGAUCGACGUCUUGCAGUCUGUAUUCUGCUUCCUUCUCAACAUCGGCGUCCUGCCUCCCUACGGUCCGAUCGGCCAAUCUCCAGUGGACCGAUCCCCAAUCGCGUCACUCCUCACCCCGUUUGACGCCCUCACCCUCUUGAUCUCCGCCAUUGGCCACGAUGUCGGGCACCCUGGUGUCAACAAUUUCUUCCUCGUAAAACUCAAUGCCCCCCUCGCACAAUUGUACAAUGACAACUCGGUUCUCGAAGCUUUUCAUUGCGCGGCAUUUUCUCAAAUCCUGCGCCGGCACUGGCCCGCCGCGUUCAAAGACAAGCAACUGCGGAAGCUCCUCAUCAGCUCGAUUCUUGCAACCGAUAUGGGAGUACAUCAAAAGUUCAUGGAGCGCAUGGGCUCACUUCAAGAGAAAUUUCACGCCAAUGACAAGUCGGUUGACGGCUGGAAACCUCAGGACUUGGAGAUGUACAAGACCUUGCUCUGUGGGCUGUUGAUCAAGUGCGCUGACAUCAGUAAUGUGGCCCGGCCGUGGGCGAUUGCCGAGAAAUGGACCCAGAUCCUACAGGAGGAAUUCGCCAACCAAGGUGAGAUGGAGAAGGAAGUUGGGAUGGAAACGGCCCUCUUCGGGGGACCCCCUGAGCUGGGUAACAUCUACAAACUGGCAACGAGCCAGAUUGGUUUCAUGUCGAUCUUCGCUCUCCCUCUCUUUGAAGGCGUGGCGGAUCUAUUACCGCAGCUGCAAUUCACAGGGGAACACAUUCGUAGUAAUCAGGCGCAAUGGCAGCAGUUUGCCAACCAUGAAAUGCGGCGCAAGAAAGGCAUGCAUCUCGAAGACGACAGCGAGGCCGCCGUUUCGCCCCUCUCUCGCAGCCCCAUCAUUACUCCGGCCGAGCCGGCCGAGUCCAGCGACAGUACUCUCCGAGCUGGGCCGUCCGACAGGGAUGUUGAUCAGGACGACUUUGAUUCGCCUGCGGCAUCGGACCGUACUCAAUCACAACCUCGCGUCUACAACGAAAACACCAUCGAGCCAGUCGUUUCGCCUGACACGCCAGGGCCACAGAUUGAGAUUACCGGCACUCCAAUGGAGCCAGAGCCGACCACCUCUCGAAAGUCUUCGAGCGCCAUACCCGAUCUUUCGUACUUCUCUAUUCCGACCGCGCCGCAGUCCGCGCGAGAGUCGAAUGCCACCGAAUAUCAAAACCCCAUCACCGAUCCAUCGUCUCGUCCCCCCGGCGAUCCGGCGGUCUUGGCGGCUGCAUUGUACACCAACGCGGGCGACGAUAGCGGCAACGUGUCGGUGAAGACCGAUGAUCACAGUAGCAGCAAUGGCCGAUCAUCGAAUGACCGACCCAGUGGCUCUCGUCAUGGGUAUGGGCAGCAAACGGAUAGACGGAGCCACCACGCGCAUCACAGUUCAUCGGUCCGGACAUCUGGUCCGUCCAGCUCUACACGCAACAGCUGCACCCGCACACAGAGCAUGAGCACAUACGGCAACAACAUGACCCCGAUCUCGCCUGCAACCAAUGCGACAAGCUUCUUACAAGUGGACAGUGGAGAUGAGAAACGUGUAUCCGACGAGAGCGCUCCUCAGAGUGAUCUGGGAGGACUCGACGACAGCAGCACCCGGCCUAGUACAUCUUACGCGUCGCAUCUGGGAGACCAUGAGAGCAACUACAGCUCCAGUCACAGCAUGUCCAAACACCCGAGUCAUGCACGUUCCGAGGGUGACGGGGGCCAUCAGCACUAUUCUGACCCUGCACCAAACGGCACGCGCAGUCCGACGCCACACUCCAAUACUACCGGUGACAGCAACCGGACCGACCAUUCCACGGGGGAUGUCCGCGGCGAUCCGCAUGGUGCCGUUCCUCGGCGUCUUCCCAAACGCAGGAGUCGGUUGCGUUUAGCCUUUUGGAAGCGCCGCAAUCACCAUCAAGAAGUUCAUGGCGGAUCGUGA